UGGUGUUAGAGGGCCCCGCCUUGGGGGCGGGGUCAGUGACGUCGGUGGAAAAUGGCGGACGGAAUCCAGAGGAAGCUGCAGCAUGAGCUGGACAAAUACCAGGCGCUACAGAAAGAUCUCAGCAAAUGUCUUUCUGCCCGACAGAAACUAGAGGCACAGGUGACUGAAAACACCAUUGUUAAAGAGGAACUGGAUCUCUUGGAGUCCACGAACACGGUGUUCAAGCUGGUUGGCCCCGUUCUGGUGAAACAGGGCCUAGAUGAAGCCAAGCUGACAGUAGCCAAGCGAUUGGAUUAUAUCAACGGGGAAAUAAAACGAUAUGAAGGACAAAUCAAGGAGCUCGAGAAGGGGACAGAGCAGCAGCGAGAAACCAUGGCCAAGUUACAGCACCAUUUCCAGAAAGCACAGGGCAAGACCCCCAUUAAAGUGUGAACUCAGCCUCCCCACCCUGCCCCUGUCCCCCUCCCCACCCUGCCCCUGUCCCCCUCCCCAGCUCCUCGCUCACAUCCUUCAGCCUUGACCUUGGAGGGCUGUCUCUCCCACCACCCACAAGGAAUGGGCCUGAGCAGCUGAUUACGUUGAAAGGGUUCAUGGCUGGGUGGGGUUUUUUGGGGGUGGGGGGGGGUGUUUCUGAACCUCAGGAAGGAUGGCUUGCUGUGUUCCCACUCACUGGGAUCGAUCGGACUGACUCUCAACGCGUGACAUUGUAGCGGCGCCUGGAUUUUCCUGAAUCUGACCGAAAUAAAGCUGCCCUUCCCUGAG